UACAGGUUUAAAAUAUGCAUGAUGAAAGUGCGUCAAAAUGUUUACAAAAACACUGCUGGAGGGGGCGAGAAGGAGUUUGAUUUCUUCAUUGCUUAUAAAAGUGGAGGGGAUGACGAAGACUUUGUUGUGAAUACCCUGACACCAAAACUAGAAGAAAUGGGUUUCAAAGUUUGUGUCCAUUUCAAACACUUUUUACCUGGCAGUUCCAUCAUUGAUAACAUUACUGAGUCGGUUCACAACAGUUGGAAGACAAUACUCGUACUUUCGCCCGCGUUCCUUCAGAGUGGUUGGUGUCAGUACGAAUUCAAAACUGCUUGUGGUAAUAUGCUGAAACAACGAGUCGACAUACUACCGAUCAUUUACGAAGAAAUACGAAAUCUACCCGACCUUGACGACAACAUACGGACGCUUAUUAAUACAAUAACAUAUCUUAACUGGAACGGAGGAAACAUUAAUGAGGAACAGAAGAUACAGCUCUGGAAGGACAUUAUGAAAUCUGCACCACGACAACCGCAUAUGGUGGCGCCACAAGACGAAGAAAUGAUACAAUUACAGUAGUAGAUCUUGAAUGACCGUGAGAUAGUGAUUACAAUUCUUGCAUACCCAGAUCACCUAUCAUCAAUUCCAUUUCACACACUCUCAUACUGGUGAUACUAUAGCAAUUAAACUUCGGGCAACCAGUUGGUACUAUGGUACACUGUUUCACGUGCAGAAAAUGCAAAACAAGAACGAAUGUUUUUUUUAGCUCCGAUGAGGAGCACUAGGAAUACCCGGCUGAUUGAUUAGUUGAUCUAUUUUGUGCUGAUAGACAUAGACAUAGACAUCACUUUAUUAAUCCAAAUCCUUGGAAAUUACAUCGCUCUUUCAAUAAAUUAAGCAGGAAAAGUAAUUCAAUACAAUAAAUAAUAACUAUCUUACAUAUCUACUAUAUCU